AUGGCUUGGCAACUAGGUCAUCGUCAGGUUGUGUGCUAUUCUGACUCAUUGUUGGCGGUUACUCUGAUUCAGGAACCUCCUUCUCACUUUCAUGAGUUUGCUGUUUUGAUCAACAACAUUUGUGAUUUACUGAGGAAGGAUUGGGUUGUGCGGAUUGAGCAUGUUCUUCGUGAAGGGAAUGCUUGUGCUGAUUUCUUAGCUAAAGCGGGAGUUAACCAAGAUUUAGGUUUCCUCCACCUCCAGGAUCCCCUCCCUGGCAUGGAGCACUUGAUUUUGGCUGAUUCUUUAGGGAUGGUGACAGUUAGACAGUAG